GGAUUAGGCCACACCCCAGAUCUCGCGAGAUCUGAGAAGUGGAAAGAAUGGCGCCGAUGUGAUCCAGCGCUCGCGUCGCCGAGGAAGCCGCCCCUGCUGGAGCCGGAGCCACCGAAGGCACGGGAACCAGAGGUCGCACUGAGUGGAGGAUGGAGGAACCGUCCAAGCCCAGCCCGGACAUGCUAGCCGCUGCAGAGUCCAGCUCCAGUGAGCCUGAUAAGGAGGUGGCGUCUCCAGACGUGGCAGCUACAGCCACUCUCUCCUCCGUGGAGGAGCCGGGCCCUAAUCCGACAGCCGUACCAUCAGUGUGGGACCGUGGAGGACCUCCGCAGCCCGUUGCCUCCCCAGCCCCAGACAGCUGCCAGCCUGGCUCAACCAGCACAGGUGUGGGGACCAGUGAGGACCUGAGGUUGCCCAGACGACGUCCACCACCAGGGAAACAGAUACCCUGCUCUAGCCCUGGCUGCUGCCUCAGUUUCCCCAGUAUUCGUGAUCUGGCACAGCAUCUCCGUACCCACUGCCCGCCUACACAGUCACUGGAAGGCAAACUCUUCCGAUGCUCAGCCCUGAGCUGCACUGAGAGUUUCCCCAGCAUGCAGGAGCUGGUAGCUCACGGCAAGCAGCACUACAAGCCCAACCGCUACUUCAAGUGUGAGAAUUGUCUCCUGCGCUUCCGUACUCACCGCUCGCUCUUCAAGCAUCUGCAUGUUUGUGCGGAGCAUGCUCAGAGCCCAGCGCCGCCACCACCCCCUGCCCUGGACAAAGAGCCACCUGUGCCCGAGCGCCCCCCAGAGUCCGACCCUGCGUCUGCUCUGAGUCUGCCGUUCCCACUACUUGAACCUUUCACCUCCGCCCCUUCGGGGCCCUUCCUUCCCUACUUGAACCCUGCACCUUUUGGCCUCAGCCCCCCGCGUCUGCGCCCGUUCCUGUCUGCUGCUCCAGGGCCACCAGCUUCCAGCACGGCCAUCUGGAAAAAGAGUCAAGGUGCUGCCGGAAGUCCCAGAAGACCUCAGGGCGGUCCCGAUGCGCCCUCAGGUGCGUGCAGGUGACCACCAGGGCAGGGUGGAGGGGUCUUCUUCAUUCCUUUGCCCUCUGCGGGCCCUGUGAAUGCUCAGAAGUAGCAGUGUCUGUCCUCUAAAAUACAUGAUUUUUACCUUAAAAA